AUAGUAACUGUAACCAUAGUAACUGUUUAGCACUGCAUGAAGUUAGCUUAAACUCCUCCCAAGGAAGGCCAAUGUUGUUCUAUGGAUUUCCUCUACACUGAAGAGGAAGGCAGCAGGUAAAAUUACUCUGUCUGCUAAAACGGGACUUCAGCAUCCUCCAAAGACUGCACACACCGAGGGCAGAACUCCUGAGGUAGGUGAGACGAAGAUCCACUCAUUCGAAAGGGUACCAAGUCGCCCUAAAAAGACUGAAUCGAUACCAGGGGAUGAGGAACAACUACCUUUGGCCAGCGGAAUAAUCUGUUCUCCCAGUUCAUCUGGUCGGCCCACAAACCAAACUGUACAAACUAUAAUUGACUGUCUGUUCCACAAGUCCAACUACCAAAAAGAGAAGACGACACCCUAAAACAAAAGCAUUAUUGUGGAGGAAUGUCCCUUGAAAAACAAAAUUAAUUGUCCCUUAUUAAUAACAUGAUCAGUUGCAAAAAAGAGGGCGAGGACGCCCUAAAUGCUGCACUGCACAAAGUAGAGAAGAGCUGAAAAAUGAACAGGAGAGCAUGAGCUGGAAUGAUUUCUAACUGUAAACAAGUCGAAGAGGAGCCAGCAGACCCUGAGACACAUGAAAUCUGCCAUGUAACAAAGUUUGGGAAUUGGGAAUUUGAAGGCCUGGAGGCAUUUGUUAAGGGAGAGACUGAGCCACGCUUAACUGGACACUACGAGGAGACCCCACCAGCCGAGGCAGUGGAAAGCAACACAACAACUUUGUCUCUGCAGGGCACACCGGAGUUUCGCCCUUGUCCAUACUGCACAUGCUCCUUCACUGACUCUGACUUUGAUAUAGCUCACAGUUCAUCUUUAAGCAAACACAAACAGACCCAUUUGCAAUCUGGGGAAGGCUUUAGUUGUACAGGAUAAGGAUAAAUAUCACUAGAGGAUCCAUCAAAAGACGUACUAAUGUGGUACCACCUAGCAAGAUUCUGAAGGCACAUGCACAAUAACAUACUGGAGAAAGGCCUUAUCACAGCAAGGUGUGCAACAAGGGAUUCAAACGCCGGGACUACGUUGACAACCACCAGCUUACCCACACCAAUGAGAGGCCAUGCAGAGGGGACCAGUGUGAGGCCAGCUUCAUGUAAUCUGGAGACAAGCAUGAGACGAGAAGACACUCGGGGAAGACACAGAGGCGUGUUUUCUCUCACCCCUGCAAAGGUGAGACGAUGGGGCCUGCAGAUGUAUCACCUGAGACCAAAGGAAUCUGCGGACACUUCACAGGGCUCGGAGAAGAAUGUUAUCACAUUUGGAGAGUGAUAUUGAUUAAUGAGAACCUUUUUGUCACACGCCGAGGCUACGGGAGACUGAUCACUGAAGAUCAAAACAAAGGAGAGAGCCAGAUCACACCAGUCCAGUGUGUAACUCUUUCACCAAUGUAGUUUAAAGCGUGGAGGAAAAGGAUGCGCGGUCCGAUCUGUUAAAUUGCCAUCAGAUUACCGUCAGUCCUCUGCAGCACGUCGACAGGAUUCCCAAAACAACCCAAGCAAAGUGGGAGCUGCCGGUCAAGUCAAUGAAGGUGCAUCGGUGAAGUGACGCCUUCGUGCAGUGCGACAGCGGCACUUUCCUCCAUCCUCGGGUCGGAACAACCAGCGCAGCGGCGAUCAAACUCCAGUCCGGUCCGAGAGACGGUGGUCGGGCUUCGGCCUCAGGUGCAUCUCUGAGGCGGGGCGACGCGGAGGUCCAGAUCAAACCGUACGGACGAAUCAAAGACUUUGGAGAGAGGAGAGAGAGGCAGAGAAGAAGAGAGACACAGAGAGAGAGAGAGAGAGGGAGAGAGAGAGAGAAGGGGAACGAGCAGAGGGUGUUGUGGAGGUAUGGACUGUAACUGCGUCAGUGAUCUGCUGCUCCCCCCGGUGCCUGCGCUCUGGACGCCAGGUCAGUCCCGCCAUCAAGCUCUUGCAAGGGGGAUCGCCUUCCCAGACUGGGCCUACAAGCCCGAGUCAAGCCCCGGGUCCAGGCAGAUCCAGCUGUGGCACUUCAUCCUGGAGCUGCUGCAGAAGGAGGAGUAUAAUGGGGUGAUCGCGUGGCAGGGCGACUACGGGGAGUUCGUCAUCAAGGAUCCAGACGAGGUGGCUCGGCUGUGGGGGAUGAGGAAGUGCAAACCUCACAUGAACUACGACAAGCUGAGCAGGGCACUGAGGUAUUACUACAACAAACGCAUUUUGCACAAAACCAAAGGGAAGCGUUUCACCUACAAGUUUAACUUCAGUAAGGUCGUGCUGGUGAACUACCCCAUCCUGGAUAUGGCCAACUCUCCCUUCUUUCUGGCCCAGAACCACUUCAACGGGAGCGCCACCGCUCCAGACUGCAGCCCAGAGGCCAUACAGUCCCUGUUUCCUCGUUUGCCAGACUCCGGCAGGGGAACGUCCCUGUUUGAUCGAGGCACCGCGGCACCAGGGCCCGAAGGAGACAAGCUGAGACUGGAUGCAUUUCCCUUCCUCAGUUCAGGUGCCCCGUGCUACACCAAACCCCCGUCCCUGCUGGGCCCGUACCCUCGCAACCCACCCUUUGACUACCCCUGGGGCUUCAACCCCUACCUCCCAGGGGCCUUCUCCCUCAAUAACUGCCCCAAACUGCCCCCUGGCUCCCUCUACCCCUCCGGGUUUUACCCCAACCCUUUGCAGAGCAGCCUCUCCCAGCUGCCUCACCCCUUCUCCUCCCUGCUCCCCCCAGGGGAGGCAGGUGCGGGAGAGAGGGGAGCAGCGGGAGCAACCGGAGGUACGAACGGCACGGCGGGUGGUCAGCCAAUCCGACUCUGCCUGCCACCCUACCCCGGGAGCCUGUCACUGGGUCGGACGGACGUUGGCACAUUGGGGGAGAGGGAAAGAGCUGAGGCCAAUCCUCCGGUUACUGGGCUGAGUCUGGGGCUAGGAGCGAUCGGCCUGGCAGCCGGGACUGGGACAGGCCGGCAGAGCCCCUCGGAGAGGAGAGGAGGAGGGCUGAAGCAGGACCCGGAGUCAGACUCAGACCUGGAGAUCACAGAUCUGAGCGACUGCAGCUCGGACAACGAAAACGAUCACGAAUUCGGCAUCAGGAAGGAAUCCAGCCUGGCGAACCGAUCACAGAUAGUGCUGGAUGGAAAGAAAGGGAGCGCGCUGCCACCCAUCUCCUCUCUCCCCCCGACAGCGUCCCCACAUCCUCUGAAGAGCCUGAUGCCCGUCAGUCCCCCGCCCCCGUCCCUGCCUCCGUCACUUUCCCCCUCCGUGGCUGUGCAUGAAAGACACAGGGAGACAGAGACUCUCAAAAUGAUACCCAGCUAAGACAUUUUCUCCCGCGUCCACCAUCUUGCCAGUCUGUGCUCUGAUAACUCUCUUUUUCUCUCCUUUCUUUUCUCGGAGACACUUUUCUGCUUUAAAUUGUCAACUCCCCAAUCACUCUCGAUAGAUACUUUUUUCCCCAGGAAAGGCAGUUGUGUUCUUUACUUCUGAAAUUACUGUUUCCCUGUUUGCUGUGUAAGUUUUUAACUUGCCUACAGUCCAUUACACCACCAACUCGUCCAUCUUAGAAUACAUGGGGCGUACAGUUUUUUAGCUGUCUGUAUCACCAUCUUGUCCUUUCUGUUUUGAUCUCUCACACCAAAUGAUCGCUGCGUGGUCUGUAGACUUGUUGUACGCGUUGCCUCUACAAUUUGCCGUCUGCGGCCGAGCUAUGAUAGAAGGCAGUGAGGUGGUAAAUUACAACACAGCGAUGCCUGCCUUGACAAACAUUAACAAACAACAUCCCUACGCUAACAGAACAGAACAACAAAUAAUGCUCAGAUCGAUCCAAUUUUACAGAUUUGUCCUGUAAUUCUUGAGAUUUGGACCAUACAUAUAUAAUCACUUUUGAGACAUAGUCAAAUACUGCCACCUAGUGGUCCUUUUAGUCAACGUCUCCUUCCAUGAAAUCAUCUUACCUCCGUAAUCCUGUGAGUAAAAUAGUUGCCCCUGACUUUAUUUUGCACUUACUUUUCUAUGAUAUUGUUUCUUGCGGGGUUAAUUUAAAUGUUUAAAUCCAUAUUUCUAAUAGUGUUAACUGUGAUAGUCUGUGAAUAUUUAUUUUGUCCUGUGGUUUGAGUAUUUCCUGCACACAUUUUCUAAAAAAAAAGGAAAGAAAAAGAGAGCAGAGGGAGCUGGACCAAACCUAGAAAUUUGUAUGAAUAUUUCAGUGUAUAUAUUUUAUUAUGUUGUACAUUACAUUUAAUUAUUAUUCACUAUGAUAAGAUUUAGCUGUAUUGUUGUGAUUUAAUUCAGUAUUUAAACAUGUUGGAUAAAUUAUAAGCUUAGGUGUAUCAAAGUUUAAAUUAUUAAUGGCAGACGAUCUGCACUCUGAAGAUGUUUUUCUAUGAUGAGGACAGAGUUCACACUGGGAAUUGUCUCUGAUUUUCUCGACCCCAAUUAAUUGUGCCCUUUGGUCAUUUUUGCCAGAUGCCCAACGUACGAACCCUUUGGGUUCAAAAACACGCCGGUAGACUUAUUUUUAUAGUUAGCAUUCACCCAGUGUAACUGUACUGUAAUUAGUCAAAAGUGAAUAAUAUUGGUCUUUGCAUUUUCUUUUUUAAAUCCUCCCCUGAAAAUCUGUUUUGAUUAUUUUUCAAUCAGUGCUUUUUGUCCAUGCCAACAGCAGGGCAAUCGGUUUUGCUUGAGGACAUUAAAAAAUAAAAUAUUCAGAAACUGUUUAUGUUUGUUCUACCCAGAUCUAACGACCAACAUCCUCUCUCCGGCCCCGUCUCUCAGCACAGAGUGAACACUACACCAUCUUGUACAGCUUCAUAGCCUUUAUAGCCUAUGGUUUGUCAAACAGUGGCGGUAUACGAUUAGUUGUGAAAGCUCUAUUGUAAAGUUAAUGUAAAGCUCUAUGUUUGUUGAGUUGCUACAGGAAAAGGCCUCCAGUCACCUCCACAGUGGUGGAACACUAAACUAACAGCUGUAAAUACUGUUUCCUUUGUGUGUGUAUGUGUGUGUACACAUCCCAAAAUGACAACGCAGUGGUUUUACCUGUCAUCUCUCUUUGUUUUACUGUAAAGAGGAAAAAUGGAAAGUGCAAAAAAGAAGAAAAAAGAUGAAUAUCUUCAAAAGCAAUAAACAAUAUUCUGGAUAGUGG